AUGAAUUCCAAUCAAAAUAAUAAAAAAAACAAAUUUUGGCUCGACUGUCAUUUUCAUGAUGUCGAACAAACAUCCAUCAUGAAACCUGAUGAACUUCAAAUUAGUUCAAAAGACUAUGCUCACUUAUCAAGCAUCGACGAUAAUUCAUUGGAUCGUAUCCAGGGUUCUAUGUUUGGUCUAGCCAUAGGUGAUGCCCUUGGUGCUCAUGUUGAAUUCAGACCUCGUAGCUUUUUGGUGGAUAGUCCAGUGACAGAUCUAAAAGGCGGCGGAACAUGGGGUUUACAACCAGGACAGUUUACUGACGAUACCUCCAUGGCUCUAUGUUUGGCUAAUUCGCUAAUUGCUUGUCAAGAUUUUGUUCCGUACGAUCAAUUAGUCCGUUACAAAUGGUGGUAUCGAAAUGGCUACAUGUCAUCGACUGGUCAAUGUUUUGAUAUUGGUGCGGCUACCAGACAAUCUAUCGAAGAAUUUGAAAGACGUCAAAGAAAAUUUGCCCAAGAUCAUGGUAUUCCCUUAGAUCACAUAGACCUUUUGUCCGAUCGUAAUCUUCUUCAAGCAUUCGAUGUUUUGUGUAGUAAAGAUGGUGUAGCCGGCAAUGGAGCCUUAAUGCGUCUAGCACCUGUACCACUCUUUUUCUUUCGAGUACCAGAAUUGGCUGUUGAAUAUUCGGGUGUUAGUGGUAGAAUCACCCAUGGGGAUAACGAAGCAUGUGAUGCUUGCCGUUAUUAUGGAGCUCUUAUCGUGGCUGCUCUAAAUGGUGAAACAAGAGUACAACUGACUAGCGAAAACUUUUACGAUGAUCAUCAGCAGUGGUUCAGUAAUAAAGCUUUGGUUCCUGAAAUUAUGAAGAUUGCAAAAGGAUCAUACAAAAAACCAGGUGGCUAUGAAGAUGGAAUUCGAGGGAAAGGAUAUAUUGUUGAUGCUCUUGAAGCUGCUUUGUGGGCAUUUUGGAGUGAUGAGGACUCGUUCGAUAAAGGCUCAUUGAAGGCAGUGAACUUGGGCGAUGAUACAGAUACAACAGCUGCUAUUUAUGGCCAGUUAGCUGGUGCUUAUUAUGGAUAUAAAAAUCUACAACCGAAAAAAUGGGUAGAUUCUAUCUAUGCAAAGGAUUUUAUUCUUUGUGUAAGCAGCUGGAUUACCUACGAAGGGAAAAAAUGGUUUGAGAAGCAAGUGAAACCCGGUGAAAGUCAACUGAUUAAUUCUUUUGAUAGCAUGUCGUCCACCUCAAUAUCAAAUAUCUCUUUCUUUAUGUUGCCCACAUCAAAUCGAAGUUACAAUCCCUCAUUGACUGGGAACUUAAGUUUAAGUCCUCUAUUACGUAAGGCAAUUCUUCCUUCCGGUCACAUAGGAACUCUCUAUGAUGGAUGGCGAGAUCAGGUUCUGGAAAAAUUAAGUAUUCGUUUGAAAGUGAGUUCCAAUGGCUCGUCUCCAGUGAUAGAAUGUAUGAUAAAAAGUGGCGAAAAAUCAGAGAAUAGAAAUGUUCUUCGACUUCUUGAUUUUGACAUUGAUCUCCAGUUGAGUAUAUUAUCGAACUUGGUAUCACCAAGUGGUAUUGCUUCAGCUGUUAACUAUCCAUUUUUAAUUGAUGAAUACACCCGUAUCUUAUAUUACUCCUUCGCGGCUCGGUAUCAAGCUUUACUUGACGACAAAGAUAUUCAACAGAAAAUCGACACAAAUUCUGCCACUCAUGCCAUUACUGCAAUAGACAAGGGUAUUGAUGUUGUCGUUCUAUUCAGAUUACCUGCUGAUGAUUCGAAAAUAAUCGAUGCGCAUCUUGAACACAUAUGCCAUUCCUUGAUGAAUGAUACAAAACCUACUUUUGAUGAAGCUGUACUCAACAGAAUUGUUUCUACACAUGUUUAUUCAAACAUUCCUCAUUUAGCCAGUCAGACAGCAAUUGUUGAUAUGUGUCAGGAAAUUUUUAAAAUUAAAAACAACACUUAUGACUAUUCACCUUGCAACUAUAUUCUUCAUCCCAGGAAAAUGUUUGAUCUCGAGCACAAUCACAACAAUGUCGAAUUUUUUCCAAUAGAAUCCAAAAUUGCAACCAAGAUUGAAGACUAUUGGUUUCGGCUAUCAUCCGUUAGUAGAAUAUGGACAGCGUUUCGAAAUGAUAAAAUAUCCGAGUGUUAUGAAAAUGAUUUGAAAGAACAAUUUCACGAUGUGCAGAAUAAAGUCUCACAAUUAAUAAAGCAAUAUGACGAUGAAACAACACAAGGUCGGGAUCUUAUUCAGAAUAUGCGCCGAAGCAAACAAUCACAAGAGAUCAUGAAUGAGUAUCAAUUACGAAUCGAUUUAAAAGAUAAAGAUCUGAAAAGCAGGAUUGAGGAUUUGAUGCAUGAUUUGAGAGCUUUGAAAGAAAAACAAGAACUUAUCGAUGAUUUAAAAGCUCGAAAAUUUACUUAUUGGAAUGCUGCGAAUCGAGGUAUUAAGCAAGGUGAUACUGAGGACGAGAUAGAGAAAAAGCUGAUUGAAGAUAUCAGGCAACAAAGAAUUCUGUGUUCUAACGACAUUAUUAAUACGAUACAUUGGGCACAGUUGCAAGAUAUAUUUACACAAAUGAUUGACGAGAGAAACAGAAAUCCUAAAUUGAAUCUGAUUUACGUUGAUUUCUCUUAUUGUUCACAUGAGCUGGAUACGAUCAAAGUGUUUCCCACUACGAACUACUGUUCGCGUAGUAAUACACGUGCGUCUUUGACACCUAAGAAGAUAGAACCAAUCUCAGUUACACCGAAGAAUUGCAAAAAUCAGAUGAUCAAUAUAGUCCUUAUAGGCAAAACAGGAGUCGGCAAAUCAACACUAAUUAACACAAUCGCCAACUGCUUGAAACACAGGACAUACUCUGAAAUUCAAUCAAGUACAUCUGCUAUUAAAGUGUUAAUUUCAUUUAUUUUUCCACUCAUUAACGAAAUGGGAACGCGCUUGAUCCCACUUGGUAAUAACGAUCCUAACGAAGAUCACAAUCAUAGUGGUCAAUCUAAAACAAUGCGCUGCAAGUCGCAUAUAUUUGAUAUCGCAAAUGGGCAAAAGUUACGGAUUAUUGACACUCCUGGCUUUUCUAAUGUUUCAAGUGGCCAAGGUCAAGAUGAAAUAACAAUGCAAUACAUACUUUCUUUCGUCGUGAAUCUGACACACUUGAAUGCUGUCUGUGUCCUGAUUGAGAAUCACGAAUCGGAAUUCAUUGGGUAUCAGCAAUGUUUGAAACAGUUGGUUAAUUUUCUUGGACCUACAGCGCAUGAUAAUCUCAUAUUUAGUCUCACUAAAUGUCUUUCCAAGAAUGUCCAUUCCAAUAUAAACACUAAUCCUGUUCAAUCAUUGCUUAACUCCGUGUCACUUGGUAAUAUCCCAUUGAAUGACGAGAAUAUAUUGAGGUUCGAUAGUACUUUCUUCAUACAUUUGGCUAAAACACGCUUCACGGGUAACCAAGAACCAAAUUGCGAGAUGAGCUGGUCGAUCUCAAAAAAUUCCCUGGAUAAAUUACUGGAGUUUGCCUGCCAAAGUCACCAUGGAUACCUCCUGCAUCAAGGUUUACAAGGAGUAGAAUAUGCACGACUCGCAAUCCUCCAGAUGAUUCGUCCGAUAAUGGAAGCGAUGCGAAACAUUCUUCGAAACCAUAUUUUACACAAAUUGGGAUGUUCAUAUAAGUUUAUAGAGCUACGUCCGAAAACUACUCAACGACAUUCGGCAAUAUGCAAUCGGUGCUCUCGUUCGUUUAAGCGGCUUGAAAGUCUUUUGGUUACAUGCUAUUCCUUGCACGAAUAUCGAAAUCAAUGCGAAUGUUGUUCAUGUGAUGCGACGCACCACGUACCAGUCGAUUAUCAACUGGAUUACGAGCUGGUCGAUACUGUAGGCUAUCCAUCCAACGACUUAGCUAUUCUUAAUCAGGAACUGUUUCCUGCAAGCGUACACUUCGCUCAUUUCCUCGAUCAAAAUAUUGAUCGCUCUAGUCAAAAUCCAUUCCUGGCCUGUCUCAAUCGAAUGAUCCACGAGGAGAGCUAUAUUUGCGACCAUGAAGGUUAUCAUCAAUCGAAUCGGGCACUGCAUAACGAACUUCUAAAACUAAAAAUGGACUAUAAACAAGACAUGAAGUGUAUGGUACAGAGAAGUGAACACGACCACUUGGUGAUUAUUAACGACUACAUCGAAAGUGUGAAAAAAAUCUCUAUUAUACGCGAUCAAAUUAGUGCUAUCAGCGGAAUACAAGACAACUAA